AUGAGGCUGUUGUGGAUUUCAUGCCUGCUGAUUGGAAGCAUCUCUUGUGUCCCUGCAGGGAAAAAAUAUGGCUCAGGUGCUGCUGACCCAGGCUGGCGGUCUGUGCGCUAUUACAGCCCUGUGGUCUCCUCAUAUGGGGCUGCUUAUCCAGCUUCUCAGCCCAGUGGGUAUGACAGUGGUGCUCUAGGUGGUGGCUAUGGAUAUGGUGGCUAUGCUAGUGCAGGUAGUGGUUCUGCAGGGGGAGCCUCUUACGGCUUUGUUACCAGCUCUGAUGCUGGGGAUGAAAACCCAGAGGCGGUCUUCAGUGACGUGUCUGAUCUGGAGCCAGUCUACGCCUCCAGCUCUCGCUCAAGGUACCAGCGAGGAAGAGCAAUGUAUACUAAAACUCGCUAUACCCCAGGAGAGCCUGGUCUUGUAGUCACUGAAGCCUCAAACCAGAACUAUCCUGCUAAAGCACCAGCCAAAGGUGGCUACUAAAAGGACUCUCUGGUCUGGUCCAGAUGACUCAACUGUUCAUCAACAAAUGCAAAUAAA